GAUUGUGCGGACUAUUACAGACUAGAAUUUCUAGCAGUUUUCUUUCUAUUCGGCAUUACAUAUUUAUACAGAGUUAAACGCUGAAAUUGCCCACGGGCUUCACUCGCUUGACAACUUUUAUUUCAGCUGUAGAACUUGCUAUAAAUUUUCUGUCAGUUUCGUUCUGAAUCGUGAGAAACGAUAUUCGAUUAAGGAAAUCAAAAUGGAGAUUGGCAUUUUAAGUACUUCAGGGGGAAAACAGCUGGCAACCUUAACGGUUGACCCCAAUUCAACACUAAAGGAGCUGAAGACCCAAAUUCACCGUUUGAAAUCUCAUCUCUACCCUGACAGGCAAGAAUUUCGUCAAGAACCUCGUGGCAAAGGACUGGAUGAGAGCAAAACAGUUGCAGCACUUGGUUUGAAAGACAAGAGCAAGUUGUAUCUUAAAGAUUUGGGACCACAAAUUGCAUGGAAGACAGUGUUCUUGACUGAAUAUGCUGGCCCUCUCUUUGUCUAUGCAUGGAUUUAUACAAGACCCUGGCUCUUUUAUGGGGAGGAUGCAACCAGCCAGCCCAUGAGUCAAGUUAGCCACAUUGCAGCCAUUUGCUGGGUGUUUCACUACAGCAAACGCAUCUUGGAAACUCUAUUUGUUCAUCGGUUCUCCCAUGCUACCAUGCCGGUGCGCAACUUGUUUCGCAAUUGCGCCUACUAUUGGGUCUUUGCUGCCUACGUUGCUUACCAUGUCAAUCAUCCUCUCUACACUGCUCCGUGCCAAAUUCAGAGCUAUAUCGCUCUUGGAUUUUGGGCUGUAUGCGAAUUGGGUAACUUUAGCAUCCACUGGCUUCUACGCAAUCUUCGCCCACCUGGCUCCAAGGAGCGCCGUAUUCCUCGCCCAACCAAAGACCCGUUGACUUUGUUGUUCAAUUUGGUCUCGUGCCCCAACUACACUUACGAAGUCGGUGGCUGGGUCGCUUUCACCGCCAUGACGCAGUGCAUACCAGCCGGUCUGUUCGCCUUUGCUGGCUUUUACCAAAUGGUCAUUUGGGCUAUUGGCAAACAUCGAUCCUACAAGAAAGACUUUAAAGACUACCCCCGCGGCCGCAAAGCCAUCAUUCCAUUUGUGUUGUAAGGCGUCAGGUUUCUUCACUGCCUGAUGGUCGUGAAAGCGUUGAGAGUGUAGUACUGUUGUGGGUCUAUUGAUUGUUGACAUUUAGAAUCGGUCUGGCAUCACUCUACGAGGUUUCUCACUAAUGCUCAAUAAGAAUCACAAGCCUCGUUUCAACCUCUUUUUUUUUUCCCCCAAACCUGUUACUUUCUUUUUUUUUUCACCCGUCAUUAGUUUUCUUCUUGGUUGUUGAAUUUCAAAGUUACCUUUUUUUUAAAUCAUAAAGUAAUCUAAGCUCUCUUUUUAAUUUGUCGAUAUUUCUUUGGUCUGCUGGUUUUGUAGCGAUGCAUUUUUAUCGACCGUUGUAUCUCUCUCUCUAAAUUCUGGCCAGUCUUGUGCGUCAGUGAGUUGUCCGAGUGGGUGAUUUGUAAUUCAAACAAGGUCUACGUGUAGGAAUCCAUCAUCUGUUUGGUUCUGUA